GAGGGUCAGCAAGGAGGAGGAGGAGGCGGGGUAGGUGGGCAGUGGUUGCCCGGGGAGCGCGUCUGGCACAGUGCUGGGGUUGGGGUCGGAUGGCUGCGGCGUCCCGCUUCCCGAUCCCCACUGCCAGGAGCUAGGCUGGGAACGAGCGGGAGCCCCGUCGCCACGCUCGCACCUGCCAGGCUGCCUUCUGAGGCCUGAAGCCGGGCCCCGUCUGGCGCUCCUCUGCGCCUCCGCCCCGACCCUCGCGCGCGAUAGCCGCCCCCAGCCCAGAGGGUCCGGACCUCACUGUCCCUGUCCGCACCGCGGCCCCAGGCCCUUUGAGUGUCUGCCGUCCCCACUUCCCUUCCCAGGCAGCCCCCCCCCCCCCCCCCGACGCGUCUAGCAGCCGCUCUUCCCCUGUCUGGUCCGCGGAGGUGGUUGGUUACCAUGGUGAAGCUGGCGGCCAAAUGCAUCCUGGCAGGAGACCCGGCAGUGGGCAAGACCGCCCUGGCACAGAUCUUCCGCAGCGACGGAGCCCAUUUCCAGAAGAACUACACCCUGACGACAGGGGUGGAUUUGGUGGUGAAGACGGUGCCAGUCCCUGACACGGGGGACAGCGUGGAACUCUUCAUUUUCGACUCUGCCGGCAAGGAGCUGUUUUCGGAAAUGCUGGAUAAAUUGUGGGAGAGUCCCAACGUCUUGUGUCUCGUCUAUGACGUGACCAACGAGCAGUCCUUCACCAACUGCAGCAAGUGGCUGGAGAAGGCUCGGUCCCAGAUCCCAGGCACGUCCCUCCCAGGUGUGUUAGUGGGGAACAAGACAGACCUGGCCGGCAGACGGGCGGUGGAUUCGGCUCAGGCCCGGGCGUGGGCCCUGGGCCAAGGCCUGGAAUGUUUUGAAACAUCCGUGAGGGUGCGGUUGUCGCCAGCCCUGCCGGUGAGGUGAACGGCAGCGAUCCGGUAACACCACCGGCUUCUUGUCUCUACAGAAGGAGCUGGAGAACUGUGAAGCCCCCUUCCGCUGCCUGGCCAAGCAGUUCCACCACCUGUACCGGGAGAAGGUGGAGGUGUUCCACGCGCUGCUGUGAGGGCCGGGGUGGGCUGCGCCUCACCAGGCGCCGUGCUGCUGGGGAGCCACCAGCGGCCGCGGCUCCUCGGGGCCAAGAGACCCUGGAACUGCCCCGGCCCUCCCACAGCUUCAUGAUGGCUGUAAAUAAAAGAAGGUAAAGAGGCA